GGUUAAUCACAUGGAGAAGGGGAGUGAAUGGAGGUGGCAAUUAUUCAACAGUCGCCCUGAAAUGUGCUGGUGAAGGACCAAGAAUAUUACUCUUUUUCUGAUGGAGACGAGAACUUGUUUGAUCACCAGCAAUCUGCCUUUGAGCCUCCUAAAUCCUCUAGGUCCGGAAGUCAGACCUAGUACAGAGCAUGGAAAGGAGGCAACAGACACCCAGUCCGUGAUCCUGGAGAAGCAGUUCAGCCCCCAUGGUGAUGCAAGCCCAGGCCGUGACAGCCUCUGCCCUGGUGUAUUUCAUCCAGCUUCCUCGGGCAAGAUGUGAGGAGAACUGUGUGAGUCCUGAACAUUGCCUGACCACAGAUUGGGUACAUCUCUGGUAUAUAUGGUUGCUGGUGGUCAUUGGCGGGCUGCUGCUUCUGUGUGGCCUGACUUCUGUGUGCUUCCGCUGCUGUCUGAGUCGCCAGCAAAACGGGGAAGAGGAGAGCCGGCCUCCCUAUGAAGUGACAGUCCUGGCUUUUGAUCAUGACAGCACUCUCCAGAGCACUAUCACUUCCUUGCAGUCGGUAUUUGGCCCUGCAGCUCGAAGAAUCCUGGCUGUGGCUCACUCCCACAGCCCCCUGGGCCAACUGCCUCCCUCUUUGGACACCCUCCCAGGGUAUGAAGAAGCUCUUCACAUGAGUCGCUUCACCGUUGCAAGGUGUUGGCCUAAAACACCUGACCUUCCCCCAGUACCAGAAGAAAAGCAGCUGUCUCCAGUGGACGAGUCUCCUCGAGCAGGACCCUCUUCCAACUGAUGGGAAUUCUGAUUUUAUAAAUGGGGUGGGGGGAUCCCCAGCGUAGCCACAGACAGACAAUGGGACAUUUUUCCCCCUAACUUUUGGAAGAUUGAGGAUGACGACUAUACAUUAUUCAGUGGGAAGGAUAGCUUCCCACUCUUCGUUUCCAGCCACGUGUAUUUUCUAACACGGAAUGCUCUAACUGGGAACUCUAAUUCUUUAUCCAGUGGCCAGAAUUUGCAACUAACCUCUAGCAAUGCUGACUACUCCUGAACCAAGAAAGCAUCAAAAGUACCUUGAAUGCCUAUAGCUAUUGAGUUCCUUUGCCUAUGGGAUACUGCAGGUGGUUUUUCUUUCUGCCAGCUGUAACACAAGAGUAGAUUGUGGUACAUUUGAGGAGAAAGAGAAGAGUGUAGGCACAGCCAUAGACAUGAAUGCACUGAAGCCGUGAAUUCUUCCUCUUGAGAGAACAUUCACUUUUCUACUGAAUGCCAGUGACACUCUUGGCAUCAUAAUACCUAAUACCUAAGUGGACCCAGGUAGUCGUAAUACCUAAGUGGACGUUCAGGAUCCAGGGGUAGGAUUGCAGACACGGGCUAAGGGAACAGGGUACAUACGGUAUCCAAGUGCCAAAUAUCAAGGUCUUUCCUUCACCCUGGUCCUACUCUCUAGCAGUAUGAGAAACUUCAUGGAGUGCAGUAACACUUUCUAUUAAUUUCUCAGUGUUUCUGCCUUGCAAACACAUGCACGCACACGCGCGCUCGAGCACGCCUGCACAGACACUCGCAGUCUUUUCUCUAAAAGAAUGGCAUUGUUUCGCUUUUCUCUUUCUGGCUGACCCCUUAAAGCCAGGUUAUCUAUAGUGACCCACACUAGUCUCUAGGAGUGGCCUUCACUGCCACCUCGUGGCCAUGGUAGAAAAUGUCGUCUCCUAUUUGAGCCGAUCUGCGCACCCCUCUCCAGUUCUUGGAGUAACUAACUGAACUCAGCCCGGAUGGCAUCCUGACGUGUCGUGGUAAGCUGUCCGCCUGAAAUACUACUGGACAAUUGGGGAUAUGAUGUAUUGUUACUGGACAACUGAGAAAGUAAAGUGUAUUGGGGAAAAAUUACUUGGCAGUGACCUUAGAUAAAUCAUUGAAAAUCUUUAAAGGAGUUUCCUCAUCUGUAAAAUCGGGGAUAUAACACCUCCAAGGAUUGUUGCGAGGCUCAAAUAAGCUAGAUACAAAUGAUAAGAUUUGUAAAGUAUUAUGCACAUGGAUUUGUCGCUCUUAAUAUUGACAUCUAAUUUUCACCUGGCUACUAUGAUUCUGAGAAUUGU